UGACCUUGACAGCUGACACAUGACAACCAACAUGAAAUCAGCAAAAAUCUUGUGAAGCAGAGGAAGCUCACCCGCGAUUGUUGCCGAAUUAGAAUUUAUUCACUGAAUAAAACUAUUCGCGCUUAUUAAUAUUCACCACACGUGAGGUUUUUCAGUGUUUUAGUCGUUGCAGCUCCGAACAAAUGAGCAAAAUGACUGAAGGCGAUAAGAAACCGGCGGCCACGAAAGACAACAAAGUGGAAGAGGAGAAAUCUGAUCUUUCUGAAGAGGAUAAAUUAUUGCAAGAGGAGCUUAAUUUAUGCGUUGAACGUCUUCAGGAAAAUGAUGCUACACAAUAUAUGCCAGCACUCACAACCCUCACAAGUCAGAUCCGCGCCUCCACCACCUCGAUGACUUCAGUCCCGAAACCAUUAAAAUUCAUGCGUCCGCACUACGCUACUAUGAAAACAAUCCAUGAAAAACUCACCCAGGACGAUGCACAGCGCUCCUGCGCUGAUAUUAUCUCCGUUCUGGCGAUGACCAUGGGCGAGGGACGCGAUUGCCUCAAAUUCCGCUUGGCUUCCGACCUGAACAACAUCGGCGAAUGGGGCCACGAGUACGUCCGCCAUCUUGCCGGCGAAAUCGCGCAGGAAUGGAGCGAUAACACCGAGGAAAAAGAAAACGAGGUGGCACUCAAGGAGAAACUCAUCCUUCUCACGCGCCAGAUUGUGCCGUACAACAUGGCGCACAACGCCGAGGCGGAGGCAUGCGAUCUCCUCAUGGAAAUCGAACGCCUUGAUCUCCUAGAUCAAUACGUUGAUGAAAACAUUUACAACAGAGUCUGCUUGUAUCUUACCAGCUGCGUGCCGUAUGUGGCCGAUCCGGAGAACACCACUUUGCUGACCACAGCUUUGAACUUGUUCAGAAAGUUCAAACAAUAUCCGCAAGCGCUACGGUUGGCUAUGCAGAUUAAUAAUCAUCAACUUAUUGAAGAGAUCUUCACAUCAUGCCCGGACAUUACUAUCCAGAAACAACUUGCAUUUAUGCUUGGGCGUCAGCAGAUUUACAUCGAAAUCCCGGAAACUACACCGGAAUACGAUGAUUUGAUUGAAACAAUGGCAAAUUGCCAUUUGAACAAUCACUUCCUAAACCUUGCUCGUGAACUGGACAUCAUGGAACCUAAAACUCCUGAGGAUGUGUACAAAUCGCACUUGGAAAACACUCGUCCGCAAUUUGGUAGUGGUCAAGUUGAUUCCGCACGUCAAAACCUCGCUGCUUCAUUUGUUAAUGGUUUCGUUAACGCUGCUUUCGGCCAAGAUAAACUCCUAAUGGAAGACGGUAAUAAAUGGUUGUUCAAAAACAAAGAACACGGCAUGUUGAGCGCCACUGCUUCGCUGGGUCUGGUCCUCUUGUGGGAUGUUGACGGAGGUUUGACACCAAUCGAUAAAUACCUCUAUUCAUCUGAAGACCACAUCAAAUCCGGCGCGUUAUUGGCCUGUGGUAUUGUUAACUGUGGCGUGCGCAAUGAAUGCGACCCUGCAUUGGCUCUACUCUCAGAUUAUGUCCUUCAUAAUACUAAUAUCAUGAGAUUGGGCGCCAUUGUUGGUUUGGGCCUAGCUUAUGUAGGAUCCAACCGUGAGGCUGUCCUAAGUCUCCUUACUCCUGUGUUCACUGAUGCUAAGAGUAACAUGGAAGUGAUUGGAAUGGCAGGUCUUGCUUGUGGUAUGAUUGCGGUGGGUUCCGGAAACCCGGAUGUCACCUCAACCAUCAUUCAAACUUUACUGGAACGUCCCGAAGCGGAUCUUAAAGACACCUAUGCAAGAUUCUUACCUUUAGGUUUGGGACUUUGUUAUUUGGGAAGACAGGAAGAAGUGGAAGCUGUUGUGGCUACCCUGGAAGUCAUCCCAGAACCAUUUAAAUCAAUGGCUAUUACCAUGGUUGAGGUCUGCGCUUAUGCAGGUACUGGAAAUGUGCUCAAAGUACAACAAUUGUUGCACAUCUGUUCGGAGCACUACGAAGCCGAAAAGGAAGAGUCACGUGAUAAGAAUAAGGAUAAAGCAAAGGAAAAAGAAGAAAAGGAUAAGGAUUUAUCAUCGCGUCAAGCUGUAGCUGUCCUUGGUAUAGCUCUAAUCUCUAUGGGAGAAGAUAUCGGCGCUGAGAUGGCUUACAGAACUUUCGGACACCUUUUGAGAUACUGCGAGCCUGUUAUCAGACGUGCUGUACCACUGGCUCUUGGAUUAAUCUCUGUAUCCAAUCCAAAAUUGAACAUCUUGGAUACCCUGAGCAAGUUUUCGCAUGACAGUGACCCCGAAGUGGCGCAUAAUGCUAUUUUCGCUAUGGGUUUGGUUGGAGCCGGCACAAAUAACGCCCGAUUGGCGGCCAUGUUGCGUCAACUUGCGCAGUUCCACGCUAAAGAUCCGAAUAAUCUAUUUAUGGUUAGAAUCGCGCAGGGUCUCACCCAUCUUGGAAAGGGUACACUCUCAUUGAGUCCGUAUCAUAGUGACAGACAACUGCUGAGUCCUGUUGCGGUCGCUGGGUUAAUGGCGACUUUAGUUGGAUUCCUUGAUGUGAAAAAUAUCAUUUUGGGCAGGAGUCAUUAUUUGCUCUAUACUUUAGCAGCAGCUAUGCAACCAAGAAUGCUUGUUACUUUCGAUGAGGAUCUUAAUCCGCUUCCGGUGCCAGUACGCGUUGGUUUGGCUGUUGAUGUGGUUGGACAAGCCGGUAAACCUAAGACGAUCACAGGUUUCCAAACACAUACAACUCCAGUCCUGCUCGCUUAUGGCGAGCGUGCUGAAUUAGCAACGGAGGAAUACCUCAGCCUCACGCCAUUCAUGGAAGGCUUUGUUAUUCUGCGCAAAAACCCCGACUAUGACCCGUAGUUUGUGUGUGUGUCUGAUUUAAGCUGAGUGUAAACUCGUAUUUUUCUUAAAUUUAAACUUAAUUACUAUGAAUAGAUUAAACUGAUUUGAUAUCAAAGAAAUCAAUGAAAA